GCCUAAAACAGUCUUUCCUAGUUCCUUCUUCUUCAGUUUAUCUUCUUCUCUCUUUCUACGUUUUUAUUAUUUUUUUAGAGAUUUUAUUUUAGAUCCUCGACUUGAAUUGUUUCCGGGAACGAUGACAUCUCCGGCGAGUUCCCGGUGAGAUGAUCUAGUUUACAUGUCAGAUUGCAUACUUGACUCCUCCAUGGCUAUUCUCAAGGGUUUUGGCUGCGAUGGAUUCGUUUGGUUGCUCUAGAUUCUAAAGAGAUUAUCACAACGGCUCUGCUGCAAUUUGGAAACUUUCAUGUUUUGGGAGAUCAAAGAUGGUUUCUUUAUUAUACUUUACUUGUUAGAGAGGAUUUGAAGCAGCGAAUUGCUGCAAAGAUCCUGUUAUGGAUACUAAUACAUCUGGAGAAGAAUUAUUAACUAAGGCAAGAAAGCCAUAUACAAUAACAAAGCAGCGAGAACGAUGGACAGAGGAUGAGCAUGAGAGGUUCUUAGAAGCCUUGAGGCUUUAUGGAAGGGCUUGGCAACGAAUUGAAGAACAUAUUGGGACAAAGACUGCUGUUCAGAUCAGAAGUCAUGCACAAAAGUUCUUCACAAAGUUGGAGAAAGAGGCUGAAACUAAAGGUAUUCCUGUCUGUCAAGCUCUGGACAUUGAAAUUCCACCUCCUCGUCCUAAACGAAAACCCAAUACUCCUUAUCCUCGGAAACCUGGGAAUAACGGUACAUCUUCCUCACAAGUAUCAUCAGCAAAAGAUGCAAAACUUGUCUCAUCGGCCUCUUCGUCACAGUGUAAUCACGCAUUCUUGGAUUUGGAAAAAAUGCCGGUUUCUGAGAAAACAUCAACUGGGAAAGAAAAUCAAGAUGAUAAUUGCUCGGGGGUUUCGACUAUGAACAAGUAUCCCUUACCAAAAAAAGUAACUCAAAGAAAGGGAAAUGCUGAUAUUGAAACAAGUAAGACCUCAACCGUGGACAAUGCGGUUCAAGAUGUUCCCAAGAAGAAUAAAGACAAAGAUGGUAACGAUGGUACUGUGCACAGCCUGCAAAACUACCCUUGGCAUUUUCACGCGGAUAUUGUAAACGGGAAUAUCACAAAAUGUCCUCAGAAUCAUCCCUCAGGUAUGGUAUCUCAAGAUUUCAUGUUUCAUCCUAUGAGAGAAGAAAUUCACGGGCACGGAUUUCGUCAAGCUACUACAGCAUCUGCUACUACUACAACUUCUCAUCAACCGUUUCCAGCUUGUCAUUCACAGGAUGAUUACCGUUCAUUUCUCCAGAUGUCAUCUACUUUCUCCAAUCUUAUUAUGUCAACUCUCCUACAGAAUCCUGCAGCUCAUGCUGCAGCUACAUUUGCUGCUUCCGUUUGGCCUUGUGCGAGUGUCGGGAACUCUGGAGAUUCAUCAACCCCAGUGAGCUCGUCUCCUCCAAAUGUAGCUGCUAUUGCUGCAGCUACAGUAGCUGCUGCAACUGCUUGGUGGGCUUCUCAUGGACUGCUUCCUGUAUGCGCUCCAGCUCCACUUACAUGUGUUCCUUUACCAACCGUUGUUCCAACUCCAGCGAUGACUGAGAUGGAUACCGAUGAAAAUGCUCAACUACCGCUUGAGAAACAAAACACUGCUCUGCAAGAUCCAAAGUUGGCUUCGAAAUCUCCAGCUUCAUCAUCUGAUGAUUCAGAGGAGACCGGAGUAACCAACGUAAAUGCUGCUUCAAAAGCAAAUGGUGAUAAGGUUGAGGAAGUUGUUGUAACUGCAGCUGCGCAUGACUCAAACGUUACCAAGAAAAAAAAUCUGGUGGAUCGCUCAUCGUGUGGCUCUAACACACCUUCAGGGAGUGAUGUGGAAACAGACGCACUAGAUAAAAUGGAGAAAGAUAACGAGGAUGUGAAGGAGGCAGAUGAGAAUCAACCAGAUGUUAAUGAGUUAAAUAACCGUAAGACUAAAUUGAGAGACAACAACAACCCAGCUACUGAUUCGUGGAAGGAAGUCUCCGAAGAGGGUCGUAUGGCGUUUCAGGCUCUCUUUGCAAGAGAAAGAUUACCUCAAAGCUUUUCACCUCCUCUAGUGGCAGAGAAUGUGAAUGGAAAACAAAUUGGCACGUCAAUGCCAUUGGCUCUUAAUUUUAAAGUUCAAGAUUCCCGUGAUGCAGACCAAGAAAGAGUAGUAAUGAUCGGUGUUGGACCUGGAAAGAGUCUUAAAACGAGACAGACAGGGUUUAAGCCAUACAAGAGAUGUUCAAUGGAACUGAAAGAGAGCCAAGGUGACACAAACAAUCAAAGUGAUGAAAAAGUCUGCAAAAGGCUUCGAUUGGAAGGAGAAGCUUCUACAUGACAGACUUUGAGGUAAAAACACAUCCACAUUUUUACCAAUAUCUUUAAAUCUAGUGUUAGUGAUUGCAACUUCAAUCUUCAUGAAAGAGACUGUUAUUUCUUCCUUUUUAGAUCCAUCAGAACAUUUCUUUGGUCAUGUCAAGUUCUGUACCAUAUCCCCAUGUAUUAUCUUCUGUCUGUCUCUGUUUGUGUAUGCUACUUCUGGUCUAUAUGUCUGCUGCUACUACUACUGUUAAUUAACCAUUCAAGCAAUGGAUUCAUGUCUUUUCAAAAUUGUGGAUAUUGAUGAUGGAAUCAUAAAUAGUUUAGAAUGACAA